AGGGGAACGGGCCCAGCGCCUGAAGAGUUCCAGCCCGCCGCGGCCUGGUCCGGCCGCACCACCAGCCCGCUCCAGCAGGAUCCCGGGGACUUGCUGGCCCAGGCACCGUCGCGCGGCCCAGGAUGGGGCUCUGCUCCGGGCUGCGCCGCCGUCUGGUCCCGGGGAUCAUAUCCGCUGCGAGGGUGUGAAGUGCUGCCGCCCUGGAGGGUGGACGUCCAGGCGCGGGGGCUGAACCACUGGGUGACCUUGGCAGGGCCGAUCUGGCUCGGUCUCCGCGACGCGCAGGGUUUUAGCAAGUGAGUGUUAACAGGAAGAGACUGUUGUCAUCCGGACAAUGACCUUCACCUUACUGGGAGAACUGGGAGGGGCCUGUAUAGCCCCCUCCAAGCCACCUAAGAAGCCAGAUGUUUUCAAGUCAGCAAACAUUUACUGAGCACCUACUAUGUACAAGAUGAACAUCUGCAACAAGCCCUCCAACAAGACAGCUCCUGAGAAGAGUGUGUGGACGGCGCCUGCACAGGCCAGCAGACCCUCGCCGGAGCUGCAGGGCCAGCGGUCCCGUCGGAAUGGGUGGAGCUGGCCCCCUCACCCGCUCCAGAUUGUGGCUUGGCUGCUCUACCUCUUCUUCGCUGUCAUUGGCUUUGGGGUCCUUGUUCCCCUCUUGCCUCACCACUGGGUGCCCGCUGGCUAUGCUUGCAUGGGCGCCAUCUUUGCCGGCCACCUCGUGGUUCACCUGACUGCUGUCUCCAUCGAUCCAGCAGAUGCCAAUGUGCGGGACAAGAGCUAUGCAGGGCCACUGCCCGUCUUCAACCGUAGCCAACACGCACAUGUCAUUGAAGAUCUGCACUGCAACUUGUGCGACGUAGAUGUGAGCGCUCGCUCCAAGCACUGCAGCGCCUGCAACAAGUGUGUAUGCGGUUUUGACCACCACUGCAAGUGGCUCAACAACUGCGUGGGCGAGAGGAACUACCGGCUCUUUCUACACAGUGUGGCAUCUGCCUUACUGGGUGUCCUGCUCCUCGUGCUGGUGGCUACUUACGUCUUUGUGGAGUUCUUUGUCAACCCCAUGCAGCUGCGCACCAAUCACCACUUCGAAGUCCUGAAGAAUCACACAGAUGUAUGGUUUGUGUUCCUGCCCGCUGCCCCUGUGGAGACGCAGGCUCCUGCCAUCCUGGCCCUGGCGGCCCUACUCAUCCUUCUGGGCCUGCUUUCCACAGCCCUGCUGGGCCACCUGUUCUGCUUCCACAUUUAUCUCAUGUGGCACAAGCUCACCACCUAUGAGUACAUCGUGCAGCAUCGCCUGCCACAGGAGGCAAAGGGGGCCCACAGGGAGCUCGAGUCAUGUCCCCCCAAGAUGCGGCCCAUUCAGGUUUCUGGGACCAUCCUCUGCUGCUGCUUCUCCCACCCUUCCUGCCCCACCCACUUCUGGAGCCCAGGGGCACUAGGCCUCCCUGACCCACACCUUCCCCAGGAGAUGGAGUUCUACAUGAGGACCUUCAGCCAUGUGCGCCCAGAACCCCCUGGCCAGGCCAGGCCUGCCACAGUGAAUGCCAAUCUUUCCCAGUUCUUUGCCACCCAAGGCCAAGUGGAAGCCCCGCCACCCUCUUCCCCAGAGACUCGGGCUCUGUCCCCCCGGAUCCGACCCCAGAAAAAGAGGAAGCGGCGAGUGUAUAAGGUGCCAACCUCCGGGACCUUGGACCCUGAAUCGCAGCUGCCUAGGCUGCCAGGGCCCCGGGCCCCAGGCCACAGCUCCAGCUCCUUGUCGGAUUCCGCCGGCGCCAGCCCAGUGCACGCCGCUGGGCCUGCAAGCGCCUACCACUCGUCAUCAGCCGAGUCCAUGGACGAGAUUCCAGUGGCACAGACCCGCCUGGGCAGCGCUGCUCUGGCCGCCCCAGCGGGCAGGGGCCGAGAGCCUGGGCUGGCGCUGCAGGUGCGUGCGCCCGCGGUUUUCGUGAGCCCGAGCAGCGGCAAGCCCGGGGCGCGGGGCAGCCCGGAGGCCGGCCUGGAUUAGUCGGAGGAGAGGCAGGAGGGCCAAGGAGUAGCGGCCAGCCGGGAUUCUCUAUGCAAACACCCCCACCCUCGCAGCACCGAGUGCACUUUAGGAGCCCCUGCUGUCGGCGGGAUGGGACCCCUUCCCCCACGACUCAGCAAUACCCGCCCCACCGGCCAUCAUGCUCCAAUAAAUUUUUUUUUUUAAUGC